AUUAGAAGAUGAAGGAACAAUCGAAUUGAUAAGAUAUGGCGAGUUCGAAAAACCACAAAACGUAUCUGAUGGACCUAAUAAGAAGAGUAGAUUAUGGCACAAUAAGCUAGUAAGCCUAUGCUUAUUGGGAGAUUACAGAUGUGAUACUAAUGUCGUUACGAUGCUAUUAAACGAGCUCAAAUCAAUUAAACAUGAUUACGUGCUAGAAGUUUUUAACCUUACUUUUGAUGACUGCAAUUAUUAUUUUGUCCGUGGCUAUUAUACCACAGAAUUACGCUCUUAUCUUAGUCAACUACGUUCUAAUGGUACUCCUCUAAGCUGGAGUGAUAAAAUUACGUUGACUCAGCAAGUAGUUGAAGGUCUAAAAAAUAUAUCACUUUCAGAAGUAUAUGAAGAUAAAGCUCAAAUCCCUUCCACUGCUCCGUCUAUGCCUAACCCUAAAAUCGUCAGCAUAGAAUCACUGGAAUUGAAUUUUCAAAAAUUACUCGGGCAAAAGCAGUUAGAAGCCGAAUUUGUUAACGAAUUUGCCUUAAAUCGAGGCAGAAAUAUUCAAGGAUUUGAUUUCAAGUUCGCGAAAGGAAUUAUUUUGCGUGAUAACGGCAAACCAACACUCCGUAAAUUGAGUGCAGAUUCACCUAUUGUCUACAUUCCAAAGUCUGCGGAUACUACUUGGGAUAAUUUAAGAACUACAAGUUUAUUUGAAAAUGUUAAUGUGGAUACAGUGGAUAAAAGAGUUUUACAAAUCCAUGUUCCAGUUUCAACAGUCGAAUAUACGGCUGACGUAUCUGAUAGUUUUGUUAAAGAUAUCGAGAGUGCGCUUAAAAUUUCUAACGAAAUUGAAAGAAAUAAGGCUCUAGCGAAUCACUUUAAUUAUUAUGGUAAUUACGUUGUAACGAAGUUCACACUUGGAGGUAUUAUCACUAUUAGAGAUUGGCUAAAUGUAUCUGAUGAAAGUAAGACAUAUUUAUGGAACUAUAUAAAAUGGGGAAUUGAUUGUGGAAGAGGACAAACAUAUGAAAUUUUUGAAGAUGUACCACUUGAUAAAAUACCUCCACUUGAAGCUGACGGUGAAAUGGAUACCCUUGGCGACUUAUACAACUGGUUUACGAGAAUAUAUGAUCUCGAAUUUGCCAAAGUUAUAUCUUACGGAAAGCUGAUCCCAUCUUACAAAUUACUACCAGAUGAUUUACAAGAAAAAUUAUUUGCUGUAACUGGCUCUAGACCCUCUGGGGCACCCGAAGGCGAAUUAGUUCCUAACGUUCAAGAUAAAUAUGAAAAAAUAGAUUUUAUAAAAUGGAUAGCAUUAAGACCUAAACUUGAAUUAUUUUUAUGGGACUGGUUUCACAUUAAUUCAAUCCAAUAUGGUGUAAUUUUACACGAAUCAAAACUUGGACAUGGAAAAAAGGCGGCUUUUAAAUUUUUGAGAGUGCCUCACACUGAAAAGAUCAAAACAAUCAAACUUUUAUUAGUACAGCCCCAAAAUCGUCAAGAAGCGUAUUUAUUAGAGAAUGGCAUAAAAGAUGAUGGCAAUUUAGAUCUUGAUAAUAUCCCUUUCGCUGAACAUAGUUCAAUACUUGGCUGUUCUUUAGCAGAUUUCAAGUCUGCUAAAAAUCAACCAUCUCGAGCCAUUUACUGCCAAAUAAUUGUCAAUAUGGCAAAACUUUCCUUUAAUCUUGGGGAUAUCAAAUCCUUACAGAAAUAUUCAAAUAGUGUUAACACAGCGCUUCAAAGCAAUGAGCCAUAUAAAAAUCUUUGCAAAAUAUUUGGAGACGACUAUGGACAUUUAUUGCCAAGAACUUGGACUGUAGGAGGAGUUCUGUCGAAAAAAUUUGAAUCUUAUACUACAAGAACUUUACCAAAAACAUUUCAACAUGAAUAUGAUAUAGAAGAUCCCAAAAUAAUUGAAAAAAUUGAAGCACAUUUAAAAGAGUGGAGUGAACGAUUUAAAGUGGACACAUCAUUUUUUAUUAGUGAUACUGGCAGUAUUGUUUACCGUGAUAAAAUUAGCACUUGGCUUGAUAAUUUCCUGAAUCUAACUAAUGAAAAAGCGUCCCAGAAAGAUCAAAAUUGGAGUAGUAAUUGGAGCCUUGUUUCUUCUGAAGACUGGACUCCAUUAUACAAGAUUCUGAAAAAAACAUGCACUAUUAUUGAUAAUACUUUUAGCCAAUAUCAGAUUGUUUUUAAUGGAGAAGAAUUAUUUCAAAAGGAUGACCAGGACAUUUUCGUAAUCAGAUUCCCUGGUUCACUUAUUGACAACAACUAUCACAUUUUUGGAGCUAUAGUAAAGAAAGAUGAAAAGGGUGAUUGGAUAAAAUAUGCAUAUCCUAAUUUCAAUAAAAACAGAAAUAUUAAAGUCCUCUACGGAAAACUCGCCAUUAAAGAUAAUAAAUUAUCCGACAUACAAUUAAAAUGUAAAAAUCUUGCUUCAGAUUGUGUUUUGGUAACAUCAAUUGUCUCCAAUGACAAUUCGGUGUUUUAUAGCAUUAAGCCUAAAGCCUGGGCGAAGGCUAAAAUUAUAAUAGAUUUAACAAAAGACGAAUCGGAACCUGAUCCAAAGCAUGAUAAAGAUGGAUUUGAUGAUGAGGGCUCUGAUUGCGAGAUUGAUGAUAUUGAUGAUAGCGAUGAUAAAACAAAACAAACUGCUCAAGAUACUGUCCUCAAAUGGUGUAUAAUCUAUACUGGUAGAAGAAAAUCUAUGACUAGUGAAAAUAAUUCUCAAAUACAUUCUUGGAAUUCAUUUGGUGAUUACCUCGAUGACAGUAUGGAACGCCUGGGAGAGGAUGAUGAUUUGCGUUUUGAACAGCAACCUCAACUAACGUUAGAACAAGCAAUUCAACAACAUAAAUUAGAUGAUGGUGAUUUGCUUGAAGCAUGGAAGGCCUUCAUAAAUUAUGCUAGGAGUGGAGAUCAUAUUGCACUUUAUUGGAUUGGAUUUUACCUACAAUAUGACAUUUUAACAGCCUCGAAUCUCUUCAGGAGAAGAUUUUACGAUGAAGCUAUAGAAGAGUUUGCCGACAAUGCUGAAACAUACAUACAAGCCGCAAUUUCGCUCUAUAAAAAAUCUGCAGAUUCUGGCUAUGAUGAAGCACAGCUAAGAUAUGGUUUUGGCCUUUAUUCGGGACAAGGUGUCCGUGAAGAUAAGGGGAAGGCUAUACAAUAUUUUAGAUUAGCUGCAGGGCAGGAUAACCAUAGUGCAAUGUAUAAUUUGGCAAUCGCUUUGAUAUUGAAUGGAAAUGACGAUGAAAGACGUGAAGGGGAGAAUUGGAUGAUUAAAGCGGCCAAACACAAAAAUCAAAAGGCUAUAGACUAUUGCAGAGAAUAUCAUAUUGCUUUUUAA